CCGAUCCCUUCGAGGGACCAGGAAGGGGAAUGUGAGACUUCGCUUGAUAUCCCUCCGCCGGGGUCACCGCCUCCCCCACCCCGCCUUCCCCACUCUCCCCUCGGUGGUAGCAGGAACUAAUUCCCCUCCGGGUCACCCGGGACCUCAAGGUGAAUAUUUCACGGCUCAAGAGUUCCUGCUAACCCUUGGAUGAAGGGGAUAAUCACCCCCCAAAACUAGAAACACCCCGCCAGCUCGAAAGUAGGGUUCGAUUUUUUUUUUAACCACGGCUGUGGCCCUCGUGACCCCAAGCAGGCCCCGCCCCUUCCUGGUUGUCUUAGCGACGGCGGUGGCGUCCCAAGAUGGCGUCGUGGCUGCCGGAGACUCUGUUCGAAAUUGUAGGACAAGGCCCAGCGCCGAGCAAAGACUAUUACCAGUUAUUGGUCACCCGGUUCCAGGUAAUUUUUAGAUGGUGGAAGAUCUCUCUGAGGAGUGAGUAUCGAUCAACAAAACCUGGAGAAACAAAAGAAACUCAUGAAGACUUCCUAGAGAAGUCACAUCUUCAGGUUCAAAUUGCCUUAAUAUUUGGUUCAAGAAUAUUAGACUAUGUCUUCAAUUUGUGUGAAGGUAAAUUUGACUUCCUUGAACGGCUCUCAGACAGUUUGCUGCUGAAUAUCAUUUCUUAUCUGGAUCUUGAAGACAUUGCCAGGCUUUCUCAAACAUCACGUAGAUUUGCAAAGUUGUGCACGUCAGACGAACUGUGGGAGCAGAUUGUCCGGAGUUCCUGUGACCACAUCACCCCCGACAUGCAAGCCUUGGCCCAGGACAUGGGCUGGAGACAGAUGUACUUCACCAACAAGCUGCAGCUCCAGCGGCACCUCCGCAAGAGGAAGCAGCGGCAGGGAAGCCAGCGAAGCAGUCAGCCCUAGACGCACACAUUCCCGCUGCUGAGGAAUUGGAGGCACGGCUGUGUUUUCCUUCUGUGUCAGACCUCUUCCGCUGCCUUUCCUUAAACGCUAAGGCUUUGCUGAUUCAAGGAGUCAGAGUAUUUGCACACACACGCAGCACCAUGCCUGCCUCUGCCAGGCCUUUUGCCUGAACCACAGUCUCGGCUACAGGUCAGGGAGGGUCAGGUCGUGACCCUGGCACCACUGGGGGCGGGAGGGGGUUGCUGCCAGGACAGGAGGCACCCAUGU